AAUGCCGCUUGCUGUAGAUUAUCUGCACCCAUCUCCUCAAGAGGAAAAGAGAAAGCACAAGUUGAAAAGGUUGGUUCAAAAGCCCAACAGCUACUUUAUGGAUGUCAAAUGUCCAGGAUGCUACGCCAUCAAGACUAUUUUUUCACACGCCCAACGACCAGUUGAAUGUGAUGGCUGCCGCACAAUUUUGUGCACACCCACCGGUGGAAAAGCUCGUUUAACCGAAGGAUGCUCCUUCAGAAGAAAAGUACAGUGUUAAAUACAGUGUUGUGCUAAAUUUCUUACAUCUCUUUUCAAUGGUAAAAUACAUUUUAACAACAUCUUCAGAUAAAUUAACAAUCAAUAAUAAUGUACAACUUCAAUUCUUGUAUCUGUUUCGCUCGAUUAUUGAGAAUAAAUCUUGAAAAGAGUUAAGUCUUUUUCAAAUAA